AGUGUACGAAGCGGUUCAUUAUCAAUAGUACUUUGCUGGCGUACAGAGGACUCAAACACUGUAAGACAGGAGCAGUUGAUAUGGGAAUCUGAUUUCGGGGCUAAGCUUUUCUUUCUGAAGUCAGCCAUACAGACAUUUUAAUAGUCAAUGAAGGACACAGAAUCCAGUCAGGAGCUUUCAACAAAAUCCGGAAUGGAUCCUAACCAGAGCGUGAAAUGUAAAAUCGUGGUCGUUGGGGACAGUCAGUGUGGAAAAACUGCUCUACUUCACGUCUUUGCUAAAGAUUGCUUUCCAGAGAAUUAUGUCCCAACGGUGUUUGAGAACUACACAGCCAGUUUUGAAAUUGACACGCAAAGGAUAGAACUCAGCCUCUGGGACACUUCAGGUUCACCGUACUAUGACAACGUGCGACCUCUCUCCUACCCGGACUCCGAUGCCGUCCUCAUCUGCUUUGACAUCAGUAGACCAGAGACUCUGGACAGUGUACUGAAAAAGUGGAGAGGAGAGAUUCAGGAGUUCUGUCCCAACACCAAGAUCCUGCUGGUGGGAUGCAAGUCAGACCUACGCACAGAUCUCACUACACUGGUGGAACUAUCCAAUCACAGACAGACUCCUGUGUCGUAUGAUCAGGGCUCCAACAUGGCAAAGCAGAUCAGUGCUCCCUACAUUGAGUGUUCGUCCCUGCAGUCAGAGAACAGUGUCAGAGACAUCUUCCAUGUGGCCACGCUGGCCUGCGUCAACAAGAGCAACAAGAACGUCAAACGAAACAAGUCCUCCAGGACUACCAAGAGGAUCUCCCACAUGCCCCCUAGACCAGAACUCACUGCUGUUACAUCGGACCUGCGCAAAGACAAGGCCAAGAGCUGUACUAUCAUGUGAUCUCCAUAGAUUAAGAUGCCUGACUAUGGGACUACAGAGGAGCAAGCAAGUGACAAGGUCUGGGCAAUGUGCAUACAGGCCCUCCCCCCUAUUGUAGACAUUUUUCAAAGCAGUGAGAAGACUGGUUAUCUCUGCACUUUAAAUCAGCUUCUCCCUUGUUCUAAAGCAUUCAAACCUACAUCCAAGAUGCCCUACACAGUGCCAGAGACGUGCACUGGAAAGACUGAAGGAAACUAUACUGGAUGGCGACUGAGUCUUCAGCAUUGGUUUAAGGCCAAACAGAUCAACAACUCCUUGAUGUGUACUACAAAAAAGGAAGACAUGCUAACGUCAGUUCAGUCAAGCUUUCUUCACCCCAGGAAAUUACAUAAUCAGCUUUUUUGCCCAGGAAAUGGCAUCCUUCCGUUUUUGUUUUCAGGUCCAGGGUCUGGACUGGAAAUGAGGGGAAAAUGGGUUGAUGUUUGACAUCGGACAGAAAAUGUGAAACUAAAAUGUUUACAAAGUUGGAUUCGACACUGCGUGAGCUGAUUGCUGUUUAGAGGACGCUGCUGUGUAAUGCCUCAGUGACAUGGAUCACACAAACACGUGGAUCUCUGGCACUUGCAAAAACGAGUGAAAGUCUGGAAGAACGACACUGUGGUUGGUUCAGGCUCCCCGGGUUUCAGUUUUCUCCCACUGUUUCCUUUGUUUCGCAGCCUUGACGAGUUUGCCAAAUGGAUAUGGAACAUUUGUCUGCUUCGUUUAACACUGUUGCACACUGUUUCGACAGAUCUGAAAGCCUUUGAAGUGUUUUCCCCUUCGCAUAUCGUUCUAUUUUAAUUUUUUUAUUUAAUCACACCAUCGCCUCCUCCCCUGUUUUUGUUUACAACCAAAGAAAAGCUUGACGGAGCGGUGAUGUCGUUCGCUGCAUUAGUCCUUGCCAACGGAGGUUGGGACAAUGUAACUAGAAUGUGCUCCGGUUGUUCGGUUUGAGGACAUAUGCCCUGCUCCUCUUUCCCUGGGAUGACUUCACUGUGCUGUCCUUAGCUCCUACCCAGAGCCUGAGGACGUAUGGCCUGGUGGACGUGUGCGCGCACGCAGCGUUUCAGCGAGGAGUUAAACUGUGCCAGUGCUGAGCGGGUAACUGACUUUGGCUACCGAAGAACGUCACUGUACCAAUCAAGGAUGUCCUCAGCUAUGCAAUGCCCAUAUUUUGAUCAAAUUCAGAGGACUAUGGUCUGACUGUGUAGUUUUCAAUGUUUGCUGGUUGAAGGACUCAACGUACAGUGUUAGUGUUGGUUAGCUAUGGAUUUCUGUGUUGGGAGGGUUGGCUACGUCACAUACUGUUCAUCUCUGGCGCAGAUGCAGCACAUCCGUAGCCUUCUUUUAAUUUAAACAGUUAUAACUGUCAUCUGUGUUUGACCAUGUAUUUGGCUCGGUCACUGGGUCAGUAGGUGAAGGCUAAGUAGAACAAGCCUGUAGCUACUCCUGCCUGCAAGUUAGUGUUUUUCUUCAUUGAACUUACUCAGGAGGUAGGCCUUGUGUCCUCUCUGAGGACAUGUAAGCUCUGCCUCCACAAUUCAGGCUACCAAUCACAAUCUCCUCUAUGCCUUCCAAAGUCAGAUUCAUCAGCAGCAUAGUACUUUGGUGUUUUCCUCAUAACUGGAGUCUGAACUGCUUUCCGAAUUGCACCCAAAGGCAGUAUUAUACUUAAGCAUGUGUAGCCGGGCUCUCUGUAUGAAAUGUUGAAUAAAGUUCAGAAAGUGUUAGCUUUAGAACAACCUUUUUGAAUGUUUAGUCCGUUUGUAUGUCUGUAUGAUUGUUUUCACAGUAUUUAUUGAAGUUAUAUUUUCCAUUUUGAAAAUAAAGGUCAUUGUGCAGUA